CCCAUGGCGAGCAGACCAGGCACCCACGUCCUCGGUCGCUUUGGUUUACUCUCAACCGCCCUCGUACUUAUGAGAGUCUUCUUUUACUGUCCUCGUCGCCCCUCUAUGGUGCUCUGUGUCUCUUUUCUCUCAUGUGGCCGCGCGCCACCAGGUCAGGGGGUGAAGAUUGUGUUAUGAUAAUGGCGGUUUUCUCUCGUGCCGAAGCACCCCCAAAACUGUCGGGUUGCCACUCAUGCUAUCCGAAGACGACGGUGGAUCCGAUUCACUGCAUUGUAUGGUCGCUAUAAGUAGUGGAACUGGUGCGAGGUGAGCCAUUUCAGUCCGGACGAGCGCAUCUCUGCAGACCGCAUCCUCGACACAACAAACGUGCCACAACCCUAUACCACUGCACAACACCCUUAAAUAACGCUGCGGAGACACUGUAUACCCAGCUUCGCCAUGUCUUCUGCCGUCUCAGCACCCUUCGCGUUCUCCAACCUUCCUGUGGAGUUGGUCCGUGACAUUUUCGAACAUGUUGCCAUCUCCGACCCAACGACCGCCCGCACCUUGACCCUCGUAUCUCAUGCUGUACGCCACUGGACGGAUCCCUUCCUAUAUCACACAGUCGUGCUCUCCUCCUCGCGCAGCCUGCGCUCCUUCCUUACCGCCAUUUCCAACAAGCCGACAGAAUUCAUACAUACACGCGUUCAACACCUCGGCAUAUUUGCCUUGGGACCUGUCCAAAGCAUCGAUCGCGUACUCACCGCUUGCCGCGGCGUACGUAGUCUGGCGUGCGGCUUCCACUUGCCCGGAUACAAGCAAGUGCAGGGCUGCGAUGCGUUACAGGCGCUUCUCGGGUCACGUGAGCAACACCUCCUCGGUGUGUCUUGCCGCGACGGGUGGGAUACCGCCCUCAUCAGCCCAUCCGUGACACAUCUACGAGUCCACCUCAGCGCUGUCAAGACUGGCAAUCCAGACGCGCCUGUCAGAUUUGCCGUUGGAACAGGUGUCCCAUCUGAGCCCGGCUGGGAGCACCUCGCGAGCUUGUCUUCGCUCACCCACCUGGCCAUUGUUUCCCGCUACACUUCCGGGAUGCCAUCCACAGCCAUUAUGCCCAAUUUGCAGGACCUAUUGUCGCUCCGCGAUACUGCUCCCGCUGGCGCAAACCCGCCCCGGCUCGAACUCAUUCUGAUCCAGGUGCUGGGCAGCACAGUUGAGACCGCUAAGAUGAAAGCAGCUGUCGAUGCCAUCAAUGCGGCUGCGGUAGAGAUUGGCGGUCUAGCUCUGCGCAUCGUUGCCGAGAGCGCACCUAGCUCUGUGGUGCGUCAGUGGGAAUCUGCGGUCAGAGGCGGCCCGGGCAUCUGGGAGGGUGCCGAGAGCGUGGUGAGGGAGAGGCUGGCUGCGGCCUCGAAGUGAUAGUUUUAGUGACUUAGUUGUUCUCCAUACCCAUCGUUGCGCUGGUCAUUGCAUACAUAUGUUGCCCGCUGCAGCUAUGCUCACCCGUCACCCAUGCAUUCCCAUUAAUUGGUGUUUGCUAUAUAUCGUACCAUACAGUCUCGAUCAGAAUACAGUCAUACAGCUGCUAAUAUCUCCGUUUGUUCAUGCCGGGACUUUGGACGAGCGGUCAGUGUGAAGAAUGAUUUACAUGUAUCGGUCUCGACAAAGGUCCCCUCGGAAGAGUGAGAAUGCGAAUAUC